CUCACGCGGGCCAUCACCAACGUGGUCUGCUCCCUCUGCUUCAACUCCUCGUACCGGCGCGGGGACCCCGAGUUCGAGGCCAUGCUGGAGUACAGCCAGGGUAUCGUGGACACCGUGGCCAAGGAGAGCUUGGUGGACAUCUUCCCCUGGCUCCAGAUCUUCCCCAACAAGGACCUGGCCCUCCUGAAGAGAUGCCUCAAGGUCCGGGACCAGCUGCUCCAGCAGAAGUUCAAUGAACACAAGGAAUCCUUCUGUGGGGACACCGUGAGGGACCUCAUGGACGCCCUCCUGCAAGUGAGGCUCAGUGCCGAGAACAGCAGCCCCCCGGUGCCAGGGCUGGAGCUGACUGACGACCACCUCCUCAUGACGGUGGGGGAUGUCUUCGGGGCCGGCGUGGAGACCACCACGACUGUGCUCAAAUGGGCUGUGCUCUACCUGCUCCACUACCCCGAGGUCCAGAGGAAGAUCCAGGAGGAGAUGGACCAGAAAAUCGGCCUGGCGCGUCACCCCCACCUCAGUGACCGCCCACUGCUGCCCUACCUGGAGGCCACCAUCAGCGAAGUGCUGCGCAUCCGGCCCGUGUCCCCCCUGCUCAUCCCGCACGUGUCCCUUGCUGACACCAGCAUCGGGGAAUACUCCAUCCCCAAGGGCACCAGGGUCAUCAUCAACCUCUGGUCCAUGCACCAUGACGAGAAGGAGUGGGACAAGCCCGAGGAGUUCAACCCUGGCCGCUUCCUGGAUGAGCAGG